GAAGCUAAAAUCUUUAACAAAUCUUGAAUGUAGGGACAAAUCUUGAAUUAGGGACACGAGGCGUCGGGAACGCAACAUCGUCCACCGACGUUGGUUCCUCAUACCUCCAUCUCCCGUUUAAAAUGGACCUAAUUCCUGCACAUUUUCCCGAGAAACAAACGGAAAAUCAUCGAGAAAAAUCCAUCCAUUUUCUUUAAUUUUCCUCCGCCUUUGUCGUUUUCACGCAACUGGUCUUUGCCUGACCUGCACCGCUCUUUCCCAGACAAUUGUUCAUUUUUUUACGAAUCUGUAAGGCCCAUGUGGAACCCCUGUUGAUUCUUCGGCGCCCUUGCCUUUUUUUCGAAUUAAAAUUUGAAAUCCUUGAAUUUGGGGUUAUGCCUGCUCCGUAUUGUAGACGAUUUAUCGUGUCGGAGAAAUCCGCCAUGGAAACCGCCAUUGCAGUGCCUUCUUCUACCCCAUCUGGGCUUUUGGCACCGCCAUUGUCAUCGGGGAUUUUAACACAAGACGAAUUGAAGAAGAUCGCUGCGUACAAGGCCGUCGAAUAUGUCGAAUCCGGCAUGGUUCUCGGCCUUGGCACCGGCUCCACCGCCAAACACGCCGUCGAUCGAAUCGGCGAGCUAUUACGCCAAGGUAAGCUCAAGAACAUCAUAGGAAUCCCCACUUCCAAAAAAACUCACGAACAAGCCCUCUCGUUAGGAAUCCCUCUUUCAGACCUAGAUUCGCACCCUGUUCUCGAUCUCGCAAUAGACGGCGCCGAUGAGGUCGAUCCCCAUCUGAAUCUUGUCAAGGGCCGAGGCGGCUCUCUUUUGAGAGAGAAAAUGGUGGAGGGUGCUUGCAAGAAGUUCGUCGUGAUUGUUGAUGAAUCGAAAUUGGUUAAGUAUUUGGGAGGCAGUGGGCUCGCCUUGCCAGUGGAGAUUGUCCCCUUUUGUUGGAACUUCACCGCCGUGCGGCUGCAGAAUCUGUUCCAAACCCAUGGUUGUGUGGCAAAGCUCAGAACCUCCGGUGAAAAUGGACAACCGUUUGUUACUGAUAAUCGCAAUUACAUUGUGGACUUGUAUUUCAAGGAAGAUAUUGGAGAUUUGAACGUUGCUAGCGAUGAGAUUUUGCGGCUUGCCGGUGUCGUCGAGCAUGGCAUGUUCAUCGGUAUGGCCACCACAUUGAUCGUUGCAGGAGAGCUUGGGAUUACCAUCAAGAACAAGUAGCCAUUACCAGGAGAUGUUCUUAAUGCCUGCUCAAAUGGGUACUCCCUGUUCUAACCUUUUGUCUUAUGGAUUCUGAAACCAUUAGCAAAGAGUUCUUGGUUCCUUAGAACCAAUUAUUUACAGUAUUAGGAAUUAGGUUUGGCUGAGUUUCUGUCACUUUGAAUUGGUUUUGAAUCUGUAAAGGGCUUAACCCAGUUAUGUUUUUAUGUUUUUAUGUUUCGUUCGAGAUCAAUUUAAGCUUGUUCGGAAGGACUUUGAAAGUUCUAAUAUCCAUUUCGACCGUAUUUGAA